CACGAAAGUCUCUUAUAAGCGAGGAAAGUUUGACAAGUGUGCCUCAGUUUCUCUUGGUCCCCCCGAGCAGGAUUUGGGAGAAAGCGGUGUGAGCUCUACAGAAGUGACGGAGAAAGUCCCUCAGGACUCUCUUCUGCUUCUCGGUGACUCUCCAGCCAGAACACCCCCAAGAUGGGUGACUGGAGCGCUUUGGGAAGGCUCCUUGACAAGGUGCAGGCGUACUCCACAGCAGGAGGGAAGGUCUGGCUCUCAGUUCUCUUCAUCUUCCGGAUCCUGGUCCUGGGAACAGCUGUGGAGUCGGCCUGGGGUGACGAACAGUCGGCCUUCAAGUGCAACACCCAGCAGCCUGGUUGCGAGAAUGUGUGCUACGACAAGUCGUUCCCCAUCUCACACGUGCGCUUCUGGGUGCUUCAGAUCAUCUUCGUGUCCACGCCCACGCUCCUGUACCUGGCGCAUGUCUUCUACCUCAUGCGCAAGGAGCAGAAGCUCAACCGCAAGGAGGAAGAGCUGAAGGCCGUGCAGAAUGACGGCGGGGACGUGGACGUUCCUCUGAAGAAGAUUGAGCUGAAGAAGCUCAAGCACGGCCUGGAGGAGCAUGGCAAGGUGAAGAUGAAGGGGGCACUGUUGCGCACGUACGUGGUCAGCAUCCUCUUCAAGUCUCUCUUUGAGAUCGGCUUCCUGGUGAUCCAGUGGUACAUCUAUGGCUUCAGCCUGUCUACUGUGUACACCUGUGAGCGCUCGCCAUGUCCUCACAGGGUGGACUGCUUCUUGUCCAGGCCCACGGAAAAGACUGUCUUUAUUAUUUUCAUGUUGGUGGUCUCGCUGGUCUCCCUGCUUCUCAAUGUCAUCGAGCUCUUCUAUGUGUUCUUCAAGCGGAUCAAGGACCGCGUCAAGGGCAAACAGAACACUUACCCAUCCGGUGGCACCCUGAGUCCCACGCCCAAGGAGUUGUCCACCACCAAGUACGCUUACUACAACGGAUGUUCCUCGCCCACGGCGCCGCUGUCACCCAUGUCACCCCCAGGCUACAAGCUAGCCACCGGUGAAAGGACCAACUCUUGCCGCAACUACAACAAGCAGGCCAAUGAGCAAAACUGGGCCAACUACAGCACCGAGCAAAACCGGCUAGGCCAGAAUGGCAGCACCAUUUCUAACUCGCACGCCCAAGCCUUCGACUACCCCGACGAUACGCAAGAGCACAAGAAAAUUACGCCGGGCCACGAGCUACAGCCCCUGGCCCUGAUGGAUCCACGGCCAUGCAGCCGAGCUAGCAGCCGCAUGAGCAGUCGGGCAAGGCCGGACGACCUGGACGUCUAGCUAGAGUACUGACACUCAGAGCACAGAGGGGACAGACAGCUGUCCAGUUGUGGUCAUCCUCACUCUAGACUCAGAGACUUAAAUUUACUCACACUGCUGGAGGUACUAUUUGUUAAUUAAUGAUGACGUUGAAACUAGUGGCGCUAACAUUGCCUUAACAAGCUGAACAGCUGGGGGGGGUGAGGGGCCAUGAGCGUGUUCGCUUCACUUCCUGACAGUCCUGCAUUUUAUCUCCUGGAAGAAUAUGCCUUGGUGAUAUGUGAUUGGUUUUUCAUGAAUUGUUCUACAGCCACACAGUGACAUUCCAUUUAAAACACCCCACUAUUCCAGAACCACACUUUACCCCAUUACUACACUCAUCCACAUCAUGUUCCUCAUCUCUAUGACCAUCUCAACACCAUCUAAUCAAACAGGGUCCUGAGCAGGUUCCUAGUGCUGAUGUUCAUGAAUUAAUAUUUAUUUAUUCAUUAAGAAUACAGGAUAUCCACCACUAGACGAUUGACUACUAUCCAAGGUCACAUACACAUAGAAGUCACCAGAGCCAAUUGCAUAUUUAUUGACAAUUAUCCAAAUUUCAGCAAUACGUCUAUUAACAAGAGGUUCUUUUAUUAAUCACAGUGGACUGUCGUUUUCCUGAUAAACUUUGAAUCUAUGUGGUGUUAGUUUGAUUAUUUUGUGUUUGUUAUAUUGGUGUGGGUAGAAGUAUCUGAUUUUUUAACUCUUUGAGAGAAAGGCUUUAUUUCUCCUUUUUAAGUAUGUCAUUUUUUUCCUUAUUUGUUUAUUUGAAUGGGAGAGGAGGGCAGUAUAAGUUAGUUUUUUUUGUUUUACCCUUGGAGUGAGUGUUCUUUUUUUAAGUCAAUGUAAUCAUGCUGCUUGAGAGAUAGAGUUUUAGUACUGUAAAUCAAGCUAACUGUCACAAAUGUGAGUUUUUAGAAGACUGCUUGUUAGAGCUGGACUAAUAUUUAGUCAAUUAAAUUAAAAGAUAUAUGCCAAUGUAGCUCCACAACUACCAAACACUAGUAGAUAUAAUUUCAAUUUGGACAUUUUAGUGUUUCUAUUGCAAAACUUUACAUCGUAGCAUAUCGGUACUCGAACUUGGAAGUUCAUGGACUUUUUUUUUCAGCUACAAUGGUGUUUGCACUGAGAUUUUGGCAAGGAUGUCGUAUGAUGCGUAAGUGGCAAAUGUUCUCUCUGUUGUGCAAGGAACUAAUUUAUUUUACCACACACCAAGCAGAAGUAGAACUACACUAAAAGCAGCGUUUUCAUGUGAACUCUUGUUUUUUUUCUGGAUCUUGAUGCACCAAAGCGAGAUCUAGCAUUCACUUAACAAAGCAAUAAAAAGGUUGUACAUUUGUUUGAAAAAGAGAGUUACGAAAUGUCAUUCCAUGGGAAUCCACUGUUGUACAGUGUCCAAGUGCAUGAUAGCAAAAAAAAAGUCAUUAAUCAAAUCUGUGAAAAAAAAGCUAUUUUAACCAAUAAAGAUUUUUUCUUUGUAAUA